AUCACGAUUGAAUUUUCUCGCUUGAGAGAUGGCUCUGUGUUUACUUAUGCGAUUAUUUCUGCCAUUCAGGCUACUUUAGUAAGUCUGUAAAUUAAUCGCUAGGAAAUAUUUGUCGAGUUGAGUUGGGUUUUUUUCCAUGUGUUUUUUUUGUCAAGGAUUGUUACCCGAAUCUUUAUUGGUUUCCUAACUCGCUAGCAGAAUUUGCAGUUGAACUUUAUGUUGACGUUACCGUUAGCAAGAGACAGAGGAGAGAAGAAAAUGGAUGUUUACCGUGGAAUCAACAACGAUUCAACCAAACAACAAGAGAGACAAUACCAUUUAUUAUCUGAACUUCAGUCCCUUGCCAAAGAUUUGCCCAGCUCCUCCCAACAACGCCUGACUUACAACACACUAAGUGACCUGGCCCUGGCACUCAUCGAUGGAACAGUGUAUGAAAUAGUGCAGGGACUCCUUGACAUUCAACACCUGACAGAGAGGAACCUGUAUAAUCAGAGACAAAAGCUGCAUUUUGAACACCAAGUGCUCAAGCAGGAUUUGACUCGGAAGCACAAGGAGGCCCUGCAGACUUGCAAAUCUCACAACCUUGCACUUCUUAAAUCUAGUCAACAAGUGGAGUUAGAAGCUCUGGAAAUCCGUGUGCGAGAGGAGCAAAGAAUGAUGGACAAGAAGAUUGUAACUGAAAUGGACCAAAAGGUGUUAGACCAGCAGAACACCCUGGAGAAGGCAGGGGUCCCUGGGUUCUACAUCACCACCAAUCAUCAGGAGCUGACAAUGCAGAUGAACCUCUUAGAGAUGAUCCUCAAGCUUCAACAGAAGUUGACACAGCCAGGAAAAUAAUGAGAAAGAGGACUAAUUAUACCAAAUCAAAGAUAAUAAUGCCAUGUGGCUAUUCCAGUAAUUGAGAGAAUCGUGGUUCUCCUACCCAUAGUGUGGUUACACUUGUUCUACUGUUCUUUGAAAAGCACCAUGUUCAGCAAAUGCCCUCCAUCAAAAAAGAAAAAGAAAGAAUCCUUACCUUGCUAAAGCCUUCCAGGGAGAUGUGGUAUCUAUUCAAUUCAUAAGAUAAAAGCAAGCUGUAUCAUGAUGUGGACUGCAGCUCAUUUCAGCCGGAGCACCUAGAGUACUGGGUCAGCCUGGAGCUGCAUCCCCGGAGCAAGUAUGGGGUAUCAACGCUGUGAUUUUCUAGUUAUGAAAUGGGCUCUUCUGCAGGCCAUCUGGGUGCUUGUGGAGCAAUCAGGUACUUUAAUAGUGUGUUAAUUGGAUUGACAAACUUAUUGGACCACUGAGCCACCUAGGAAUAACAGUAUCGUACGGACUCAAAGAAGGUUUAAUCGGUUCAUCUGGAUACAAUGUUUAUUGACAGAUAUGUUUCAUUGCUCAUCUAAGUGACCUCUUUUAAACAAGGGUGGGGAUACCUGCAGUCAGUUUAGACUGAAGAGGUCACUUAGACGAGUGAUGAACAUAUGUCUAAUAAAAGUUGUAUCCAGAUGAACUGAUUCAACCUUAUUUGAUUUUCUUACAUGGAUUAUUGAGCAUAUAUAAAGACAAGUAUUGUAUGGACAUAAUUUUAUUUGUGAUUUAAUAUCAAUGGGAGCGAACCUUUGUCUACUCGAUGUCUAUUUUCAUAAAAUAAAGUUAACUUUAAACUCACAAUAUUUGUGUUUUGUAA